AUGUCUCUCGUAGACUUAUCCACAGCGUCUGGAAAUUCGAUUUCCGGACUAGAAAAAAAUUUUUGUUUAAAUACUAGUGAGCUUGAAGAAUAUGGCAGAGCGCUCCAACGAGGGCAGAGGAAACAACAAUCGUGGCAACCAGGAUGAGUAUCGUAACUUUCAUUAUCGCCAGCGUGACAACAACUAUCGCGAACGCCACCGUGAAGUGCCCACCGAUCCGCCGUACAUUGCCUUUGUUGGCAACUUGCCCAAGGGUCUAGUGCAGGGCGAUGUGAUGAAAAUCUUCGAUGACUUCGAUGUGAAGAGUGUGCGGCUGAUAAAGGAUCGCGAAACGGAUGAGUUUAAGGGCUAUGGCUAUGUGGAGUUUGAGACGCCGGAGCAGCUAAAGCGUGCGCUUUCAAGGAAUGGGCGCAUCAAGCUGGACAAUCUAUCAGCGCCGCUGCGCAUAGAUAUAGCGGAUCAUCGACGUCAGGGCAAUGCGGGAGCGGGCAGUACGCCUGGAGGAGGUGGUGGAGGAGGAACUAGCGGCGGUGGGAGUGGCGGCAAUGGACAUGGCGGCGGCAGCGCUUCCUCGAGCAGUGGCUACAAUCAGAAUCAGCGACGCAACUACAGACGCGACAACAGCGUCGGUUCGCGCAGCUUUCAGGGCAGCAACUCACGCAGGCAGAGCAACCACUCGAGCAACAACAGUUACUACGGCAACAGGCAGCACAAUGACAAUGGGCGUCAGAGCUAUCAUGGCGGUGGGCGUGGCGGCGGCGAGGGACGUCGCUCGGGUCGCGGGCGUCAGCAUAACAACAGCGGCUAUCACGAUGGCAGCAAUAGCAGCGAAUUCGGCUCCAUUGGCGGCAGUCAGGACACCUCGAGCUUGGGCAGUCCGCGCCAGAAUGUGGACACACGCACUUCCACUUCAACCACAAGCUUUCAAAGCAGCUACAGCUAUCCGCGCUACAGCAGCAGCAACAACAACAACUAUAAGAACCGCAACUACAACAACAAUCGCGGCCAGCACUCGCAUCCCAAUGGCAACAAUGGACUGCAGCGCCAACGCAGCAUCAGCACCGAUAACACUCACUAUGCCAACUUUGGUCAGAAUCGCACACGCGAUCGACGCGGGCACUAUAAUCCCAACGAGCGUGGCGGCCACGCUGCUCGCAGCAGCGAACAAUCGAGUCGCGUCAUUGCCAGCAACUUGGAUGAUGAGGAGCGUCCCAAAAUUGUGCUAAAGCCGCGCACCAUCAACGAGCCCAUCAACGCCUUGGCCGAGACCAAGCAAGCGGCCAGCAUUUUCGGCAAGGCAAAGCCACGCGAGGCGCCUCCGCCGGCUAUAGUCGAAGAUCAACUGGAGAGCAACGAUGCUCAAGCUGGCAGCAGCAGCAAUCAUACCAUAACGGCUCAGGAUGCUCCUUGAUAAUAAACUACACUAAUUUUUUAUUUUUAGCUUAAUAAUGCGAAAAUUACUUAAUCACCUAUAAAAUGCAAACAACAAUCGAAAAGCUGCAACUACAACAAGUAUAAAUAUAUAUA